AUGUCCAGGAGAGUCUCAGGUGUGCUCGCCUGGCUGGGAGGGGCGGCUGGAGAUGGAAACGACGUCGCGGGGGCCGAGAGGCCAGCCGAACAAGAGGGGAACUCGUUUCGGGCUCGCGGGGCGACGGCCUUUGCCGGCGGUGGACAGAGGGAGGCGGGCGAACCCGAGCGGCGGAAGAGCUUCUUUUCCUGGUUCCCUUUCCACAGAAAGGCGAGCGCCGAUGAUGCAAGUAAAGGCCGUGCCCCCGCCUUCGAGAGACGACGGAAACGCUACCGGACAGUCAGCUGGAAGUACAAGAAAAGCAUCGGCAUAUACGCCUCCUUCGUCUUCGUGUGCAACCAGAUCCUCGCGUCAGGUCUCACGUCGAUGCCGCUGACGUUGAUUGAUUUUGGCUGGUUGCCGUCGCUGUUGAUGAAUCUUUUGUUUUGCUGUCUAUCGUCCAUGUGCUCGCUGCUGCUUCUGCGCUCCGUCACGCUCAUCGAGAACAACCAAAACUUCGACGAGCGCUUUGAGUACUCCGCCACCGUGCGGCACUUCCUCGCGCCGAUGAACGCGCCGUCGGCUCAGUCUGCGCGACCGUCUGCGCCCGUUUUCGGCGGCCUCGAGGACGCGCGGGCGGCGGGGGGCUCGCUUUCAUCCCUCGCCUCCUCGGCGUCGCCGCCUUCUGCGCGAUUUGCCGACUUUGUCCGCCACCACGCGGGCCCAGCGCCCCUUUUGAGGCACGUCUUGCGUCUCGUCUCACGUCGGAGCUCCUCGCUGUCUUCCAGCUCGGCGGCGUGUGCGGCUCAGCUCGCCGAGAGCGCGGCGACCGCGCAGGCCGGGCUCGAACGGAGUGGGAGCGAAGCCGGAAGGCACGAGAAGACAGAGCCGGGGGAGGGCGGCGGAGAAGACGCAAAGAAGGGCGCGGCGAGCCCGGAUGGCGAGGGCAUGCACUCAAUUACGCGAGGCCGAGCCUCGUGGAAGUCGCUGCUGGCAGGGGCGGCGUCGUGGCUGAGCCUUCGGAAGUGGUGUUUGUGGCUGGGCCACGUCUGGACGGACCUGUACGACAGGACGCUGCAGAAUGUCCACGGCGUCAUCACGCGGGCCCCGCCGCUUUUGCCUCAGAGCUUUCCGCGGACGUUUACGAUGCUGCUGCACCUGAACACUUUCUUGUCGACGUGCUCGGCUGCGCUGUUGGUGGCGUACUGCAUCGACUGUCUCCUGCUGCGCGUGUUCUCCUUCACCGUCUUCGUCCCCCUUCUGCCCACAGAUGUGAACCCGUUCCAGUCGCUGUGUGGGGCCCUGGAGUGGCUCGGAGCGCUCUCAGCGCUUCUUCUCCGUCCGGUCUUCGCGCUAGUCCAGGCGCUGACUUCGCUGGUCUCCGCGGUCCUCUUUGGGCAACGCUCGCUCGGCGCCCUCUUCGGCCCCUGGCUUCCCCAGUGGGUUUCCCUCGCCUCGCUCGCGUCUUCCCUCGGCCUCGACUCCGGCGCCGCUGCCGGCGAGCUGCUAGGGCAGUUGCAAGGCGAGCAAGAGGGAGUGUGGCUUUCGGUUUCGCUUUUUCUCUCUGCGAUCGGCGGCACGCUGUCCGCGCCUCUCUCCGUCAUCGGGGCGUUCUUCCCAGCGGGACUGGCGGCGCUCCUCCAGAGUCUUUCGCAAGCCUUCCUGAACGGCUACACAGACGGCAGCCAGCCCAAGCCGUAUGCGGUGCCCGCGCUUCCCUUCCUUUACGCGUUACCCAGCCAAACUCAGAUUGAAGAGGUUUUCUCAGGGGUAUGCACUCCGAGCUGUGGCGCGGACCAGGCGCCGGCGCCCUCGUCCCUGAUGCCUACGGCACUGACACGUUUCUUCCUCUCUGGGGGAGGCGGCGCUGCAGCAGAGGGACUCUCCCCAUCUGUCGCUGAAGGGUCGUCGGGGCCUACAAACGCGACGCCGAGUCUCCCGGGCGGAGACUCCACAGCGGGCGCCUGCGCGCCGUGUGUGGAUCACAUGGGUGUCACGCUUGGCUACGUGAUCACGGCAGGUAUCUGUCUGCACUUAGCUGCGUCGGAUCUCCAAGACAACAUGCAACUGCAGUUUUUGUCCUUUGGCGCCAUCAUUGCCGCCGUCUUCCAGAUCACAGCCUCUGCUGCGUUCGUCCUUCUCCGCGUGUCCCCUGCCGGCCUACUGCCGUCGCUCGUCUCUCCCUUCUCCGCCGCGUCUGCCCCGCGUCUGGGGACCGGCGGCGUGGGCGCAGAAUUGGGUCCAAGCCGCACCGCGGCCUUUGGUUCGCCGGCGCACACGGAUCUCACGGGAGCUCUCUCAGACAAGCGUCGGCUGGCGACUGCGCCUGAGGGCCUGACGGGGCCACCGAAGAUUCCCUUCGCUCCACACGCGCCUCCGAAGGCCGCGCCGGCACGGUCGGCGGCGUCUGCGUUCUUGUCUUCGCCGUGGCCCGCCGCCAUCGUCCGGGGAAGCGGCAUGGGCAGCCUCGUGUCCACGUUCGUCGACGCCUACAGCUUUUCAAACGCGCUGCCGAGCUGGGCGAACGAAAUCAAAGACGACGUGCCGGUGACGCGCACGAUUUUCACAAGUACAGCGUUCUCUUGCACCAUUUACUUUCUCUUUGGCUUCUUCUGCGCGGCGGCCUUUCCGGCCCCGUCCGCCUCCUCGAACGUCCUCGCGGCGAUGCUUCCGGAAUGUUCCUCCUUCGUAGCCGUCGCCUGCAUCUGCUUUUUCCACGUUUUCGCGUUGCUUCCAAGCGUCGCCACGGGCCAAAUUAGUUGUCGGUACGACUUGAUCAACAUGGCCAUCUGCAUGGACAAGCAGUCGGCGUUCUUCACGGCGUCGACGCUCCCGUGGCUGCUCUACUGGCUGCUGACGUUCAGUCCAGUCUUUGCGCUGCCAUCUUCGCUCCUCACGCUCUCCACGAACGUCCUCCUCAACUUUGCCGCGCCUGCGCUGGUCUUUAUUUACGCGCUACAUGCGACUGCCGGCACUGACGCCUUCCCGGAGCCAGAAUCCCUCGGCGACGACGAGACCGAGGCCGCGCACGCGGAUCGCCUUCAGCUCGCUCAGAAAGGGCUACAAGUGGGAGAGGGCGGAGACGGCGGCGACGUGCCGCUGGGGGUGCCGGACUUUCGCUGCCUCUCCUUGGCGUCUUCGUCGGGGGCCGCCUCGACGUAUUCUCCGGCGGACUCGCCGUCCCAUGCACACGAGGCCUCGCGCCUGGGGCGAGGGCCAACGGCCCCGGGGUCUCUCCUCUUGCCGCAUGCGUCGCUGCAGCCAGAAGGUAAAGAGGCGUCGUCGCCCGGCUCGUCACCUCUCGUGCAUCCGCCGUGCGGGCUGGGCGACUCCCUCGUUUCGACUGUCGCCGACUCGGCGGGCAGUGUCUCCUUUCCGCCGGCGGGGCGCAGAGACAGUAGGGACGCCGGCGCGCUGUCCAAGGCGGGCUCGGGGCUCCAGAGCUGCCUGAAGGUGUCGAGCGCGACGCUGGCAGACCCGCGCUCCAGAGGGCGGAAGAAAACAUUCCUAGUCCAGCCGAAGAGCCUCGGUGUCUUCGGCGCCGACGGUCUGGAGAGCCGGCGAGACAGUGGAGGCGAGCUCUGCGCCGCCAGCGCGCUUGGCGCGCACACGCGGUCGCUGGAGAGCAGCUCCACAGCGAGAUGCCUGGAGGACGUGGGUGGCUCGACGGGUGAUCUUUUGUCGCUUCGAGAGGGCGCAUCUCCGUCGCUGAAGCGGGCGCAAUCGUCGCACGACGUGGCUGGGCUGCGCUCGGCGGCCACGGGGCUGGGUCACGAGGGCUCCGCGCAUGCCGGAGUGAAGUCGGGUGCGCUGUCUACGACCUCGUCCAUGGAGGUCUCCCGCGGCAACGCACUGCCUCCCGGGAGCGCCGGCUCAUCGCUGGCGCCGACGCCGAGCGGCGCCAGCAGCAUGGGCCGCGUCUCUGGAGCCGUCGCGGGCGGCGGCUGUGCGCGGUCGCGGGAGGUACAGAGACAGCUCCACGAAUGGCUGCAGGAGUACUCGCGGCAGAUGCCCGACAGCGAAGUCGCGCAGCUACUCCAGCAGCAGCAGAAGGAGGAAGAAGAAGAGCAGCGGCGGUUGAGGGAGGGCGAAGAAGAAGACAGUUUGCGCAAGAAGCAACUGGGAAACGCCUGGCUCAGGCGCCAGGCGCUCGGUGAGGCCGCCUCUGGCGAUGACGCAGAAGAAGAAGAGCCUGCGCCUGCGACCGCCACGGCGGGCGAGGGGGGCGGGGGGGGCAGCGAGCCGCCGCCGCCGAUCACGGGGGAGGCAGAGGAACCGUGCGAAUGCCGAGAGGGCGAAGAGAAGAAGGAGGCCGGCGCGGGAGACGUGCCUGGUCGGGUUUCGCUUCCAACACCGCCCGCCAGCGCGACGCAGCGAGCGGAUAGCUUGCAGAGCCUGAAGGACGAAGAAGCCCAAGGGCGCAGCGCGAGCGUCAGAAGCGUGGUGCCCGUGAUCCAUCUGCUCCGACCGCCUUCAGCGGGACUCGACGAGGCGAGCGCGGUAGGUGAGAUGCCAUCUCUCGCCUUGUCUGAAGGCGGAAGCCCCGCAGCUGGAGACAGCGGCGAUGCGUCGCGUCAUCAGCCGACUGCGAGUGCCGAAGAGGAACGUCAGUGCCAACCAGAAUCGACGGCCCGCCGACCUGAGAGCGCCCAGCUAGAAGAAAGAGAGGCGGAGGAAACAUAUCUCGAAGCCAUGGCGCCGCCGGAACAGCCAUCAGGCGGCGGCGAGCCCGUGCAAAGCGCCGAAACAAGCCAGCUGGCGCCAGGAGAAAUCCCCGUGGAGUUCGCCUCCGCCAGCGAAGCCUCGCGUUUCGUUCGGCGGGCGGUAAAGACGAGCCGCAUUGACCCGGCCGCGGCAGCCCUCCAGGCGCGGAGAAAGGUGAAAGAGCAGCAGAGGGCGGAGGAGGCGCAGCAGCGAGCAGAGGCCGAGGGAAGCAGCCAGGAUGCAGACAACACGGAGAAUGGCAUCGAAAAAGGCGCGGACGUCGCGGCUGCUUGUCCAUGUUCUCCCUGUCUCUCCGCGGCUCCGUUGCUGUCGCCCCGCUCGUUGUCUUCGCUGUCUCCCUCUUCGCCUUUUUCGGCGUCUUCGUCGCACGCAGCCGAGGUCCUGGGCCCCGGCGAGAUCCCGGUGGAAUUCGCGCCUGCCAGCGCUGCGAGCCAAUCUGUCUGCCACGCAGGCAAAACUGCGCGGAUAGACUCUGUGGCGACAGCCCUGAAGCGCAAGAAACUCGAAAAGAAGCGCCAGCUCGCGGAGCAAGAGAGAUACGCGAACGCAGCGAUCGACGAGCCGCCGACUCUCCAGCACGCGGCGGCAGAAGAGGAAGUGCGAGACGAGGAGAAAGCGGACGAGGAGAAAGCGGACGAGGAGAAAGCGGACGAGGAGAAGAAAGCGACAGAUGGCCCCCAAGACACAGAGGCUCCAAGGAGCGGAGAACUGGGCCCGAAGCGAGGGGAUUCGCUGUCGCGGGAGCGGGAGCGGCAGCCGCCGCCCUGCGCCGUCUCCCCCGACGCGCGGACGAAGCCUGGCGCUGCUCACGUAGAAGAACGGAAGUCUCUCGGUUUUGAGGUCUCUGACGCCGGUGACUGGCGUCCCGAGAGCCCAGUCUCGAUGACGACCGUGCCACGCCUCUCUGCCUCCUCGUGCGACGGCGGCGGCCUCAAGCGGGCAGACGCAACGGCUGAGGCAGAGGCUUCGGUCUUCUUGUGGGCGUUCGUUCGGCAAGCCACUGGGGGGCUCUGGAGCCCAAAUUUGCGUGAGUCGGUCCCCAGUCCCCGGCAGGGCGAAGAGGCGUCGCGGCUGGUGCGCUACUCGACCAAGUGCUCGGCUCUCCUUCAGAGCUGGCUGUGCAGCGGCGCAGCCAAGGCGGGUCAGCGGAAGACGUCUGUCAUGUCGAAUGCGUCGUGUGCCGAGGAGCCCGUCGCCCCGCGCGUCGCGGUCUUCCGCGCGCUGCCGACGCGAGAGCAGAAACUCGUCGCUACGUACGUCCUCCUGGUCAUGAUUUGUUUUUGCGCGUUCGCGGCGCUCGCCGAGGACGUCUCCGACGUGGUGGAGACUGCGUGUGUCUUCGCGUCGACUUGGGCGAUCGUUCUGUUCCGCUUCCUCUUCGGCUCAGUCUGCGGAAGGGCGUGGCAGGCUCUGGCGGCCGCCGGCGGCGUCCUCGCGGGCGCGGUGCCGCCCACAGUCUCCGCCGGCGCCUCGGCGCUCGUCGCGUGGCUCGCCUCCACCUGCGGACCCUGCGUUGCGCUGGGAAGCCUCUGGCGCGUGCUGCCUAGUUCUGCGCUCCUGGAAAGCGUCACUCUCCACUUGCGAGCCCUCGCAGCCCUCGCAGCGGAGAGGGCUCGCGGCACGGUCUUCGCGCGGGUGUGUACCAGCCUCUGCAGGCUGUGGACUGUUUGCACAGCUGCGCUGUUCGACGGGAUGAUGGCGAGCCAGUCGACGGCCCUCGCGGGGGCGGGCGCAGUGCCCGCCGACGGGGCGAGCGCACCAGAGGACGGGGGCGACGGGGAUGAAGGCCUUUUGUCCUUCGAGGCCUUCUUCCUCUGCCUCUUCUCUCUAGUCGUGGCGGCGACGCCCCUCCUCUUGUACGUCUCGCCCAAGCGACAGAAGGAGCGAAAACGGAAGCUUCUCAGUGCAAUCCCGACUCGCAGCUGA